UUCACUUUAUAUCAAAGGGGAAGACGGCUCCAUUUUCGCACAGCGUGCAAGAAAAAAACUGGCGUUUCCACGCUCAGAUCCCGCCUCACAAGUGCAGCCCGCAAUAUCAGCAAAGAGAGAAAUUAUACAAUCCACACUUGCCGAGUGAUCUUCAGAGGCGACGAUCAUCAUUUGACUCCUCCAUCGCCCGCCUGUUGAAUGAAUCUGCUAAAUGAUCAAGAAGUGGAGUUUUCUAUUGCUGACUGGAUUGGUUUUCAAUGCAACCUAGAAUUGAGCAAUGACCCUCUUGAUUUACACUCUCCGGAAAGUUCUUCGCGACUGAACGAUUCUCACGCUAAAGAAAUGGAUUCAUCGUACUUCUUAAGGCAGCGUUGCGCAAAAGAGGGUUCCAAAGAAUUAAAAUGUAAAUUUUGCAACAUGAAAUUUAGACCAUCGGCGACGGAGAGCUUUUUGAAUCACUGCACCAAAACUCAGUGCAUGGCCUGUUCGGAAGAAUUUGAAUGCGCCAUGAAAAUGACCACUCACCGGCGAUGGCACUGCCCUGAUUUUGAUGAAAACAGACCACGACGUAAAUAUCAAAACAAAAAACUGUGGUGUGAUUUGUGCUCGCGACAUUUAAUCUGCAGGCGCAAAUAUUUGCAAGAGAAGCACAAAACGGAGAGAAAGUGUAAGAAAUGCAAUUUAACCUUUGCCUGUUGCGGACUUGCCACUGCGCACAAAUCUGGCUCGAAUUGCGAGGGUGGAGAAAAGAAGAAAACGCUGAGCAGCAUCCCGAAGGAACAAAAUUCUUGUACUCACUGCAAGAAAAAUUACAAAAGCGAAAGAUUGCAUUUUGAAGUAAAGAACAGGUCGUGCUUAAUUUGCAGUAAAACUUUCAAAUGCAGCGGUUUGCGCAUCAAACACCAGGCCGAGUGCUUUUUCAGUUGCGCAUUUUGCGGCCAAACUACAAAGAAUAAAAACCAACACGGAAAGCACAAAAGAGAGAGACGCUGUCCGAAUUGCUCCCACGUCAGCCAGUGUUUCAACCUUUUCAGCCAACACGAGUGCUCGGAAACAAGCGACGAUUUAAUGGAAGUUCCAAAAAAUGAACCUGCCGAAGAUGAGGAAAUUAAAAUUGUUCACAUUAGAUCUUUGAAUUUGAAAGAAUUUCACGGAGAACUUCUGACAAAGUGCCAUUUUUGCCAAAUUUUGUGCAACUCGGUGGAAAAUUUCGAGUGUCACACGCGACAGACCGACUGUCCCCGAUGUGGAUUUGCCCAACCGUGCAACAACCUUUUGGCCCAACACUUGGACCUGUGUCAGUUCGAACGAGAAGAGCCAGCAAAUUUUUAUGGUUUUUCAGUGAAACGCAAUUGAUUUAUUAAUUCCUUGCACGACAAGCAAAAUCAAAAUUAUUCAAUUAAAAAUUUAAUUUUAAAUAUAAUUGAAACUAUAAAAUCAAA